AUGCUGGCCAUGUUCUACCCAGAGAUCGACGUACAACCAUAUGGUCCAAAAAGUAACUGUGAGUUUUUUUUUCAUUCGAAAUGGAAUUUUGUUUUGGAAUCAGUUUAGAAUUCCUUGCUCGAUUAUUUUUAGACGCAAAAUGGUACAGUAACUUAAAAAAUCUUUGAGAACGAAAAUUUGGUUCAAUUUUUUCUUUGUUCGGUAACCUGGCAAGAAUUUUUUUCAUGAAAUAUAAAAAAACGAAAGUUAAAAUUUUGAAUCAAAAAAAAGUUUUUUUUUUCCGGGGUCCAAUCUUUGCAAGCUAAAUACUGAUUUCCAAAGUAUCACGAAGCACCUUAAUAAUCUUCAAAACUGAGAAAAAUUUAUUUAUUUCUAGUCUACCUCUGCGAACGAACUCGCCGCCGUACUUUGUCCGAAUCGCUCCAGAACAAGUCGACGAUUUUCUCCGGCGUCGUUUUGGCCUUUUCUUCCGUCGGAACCAUCAUCGGCCACAUGGUCCGUCGGCAUUUCAUUCCGCAACGGAAAGAAAUUUAUGAGAAUCUGGGUGGAAAUUAG